UACAAAUAAUUGGCCCCAUUGCUUCAUUUUUGACAUCACUAAACAUUGAUGGUGUCCACUGACGCGCUCCAUGCUUGAGACGAGGCCAGAGGAGCAUGAUGGAGUACAUGAGCAACAAGUUCUCCUUGAAAAGUCAAGCGAUUAAAGGCAGCGAUUACUACAUGGACCAAGUCAUGGAGACUUUAGACAAUGUGCACUACUACAACAAGACAUCACCUAAAUGCGUGCAGGCCUUCUCGAUGCAGAGCAAUGAUCAACACACCACCAUGGACAGAUCGUCUCCGUGUGACAACCAAAACAGCGUGAAUUACUGCACUCCUAAAACAGAGGACAGCAGCCUGCACGCGAUGGAGAACUGCUGCAGUAUCAGAGUCUCGCCGGCCACAGCCGCAGCCGCAGCCGCAGCCGGACCAGACAAAACAGACCUGGACGACAUCGGCGAAAAAUGCGACAGCAACGUGUCGAGCAGCAAGAAGAGACGCCAUCGCACGACCUUCACGAGCGCUCAACUAGAGGAACUGGAGAAAGUCUUCCAGAAAACCCAUUACCCAGAUGUGUAUGUGAGAGAACAGCUGGCCAUGAGAACAGAGCUCACGGAGGCCAGAGUUCAGGUGUGGUUCCAGAACAGAAGAGCCAAGUGGAGGAAGCGAGAAAGAUACGGACAGAUCCAGCAGGCCAAAAGCCACUUUGCAGCGACCUAUGACAUAUCAAUGCUGCCCCGGACAGACAGCUAUUCACAGAUUUCCAACAACUUAUGGACAGGUCCCACUGCAGGCAGCUCCGUAGUCUCGUCCUGCAUGAUCCCGCGUGGUUCCCCUCCCUACCCCCACUCGCCAAGAUCCAGUGAGCACGGUUACGUGGGAUUCCCCAGUCACCAGCAAAAUCAGUUUGGAGUGUCUCUCAAUAACUUCUUCUCAGAUUCACUUCUGGCUCCUUCACCGAACAGUCACACCACGUUUGAGACCAAACCUGAGUUUGAACGGCGGUCCUCCAGCAUUGCUGUGCUGCGCAUGAAGGCGAAGGAACAUGCAGCCAACAUAUCUUGGGCCAUGUGACCUCCGAACUUAUUCUAAUAGUGCUGAUCUGAGCAGUUUUUUGCCAAAUAACAAUACAGCCAGUUACUUUCAUGAAUUGUUUUUUUUGUUUACAUUUUGAUAUCAGCCGUGAUUAUAACCUUUUCAAAAAUUCUGGAAAAGUUUCCCAUCCUUUCAAAAAUAAUUUAAUUAAGAAACCUCUGAAUUAAACAAUGAUUUUUCUCAUUUUGUUUUAGCAUCUCUUGUUGUUGUGAAUGUGAAGAGCACAGAACUCGACAGUGUUAUCCUCUCAUGACAUUCACAGAGAUGUUAUGGCCGACAUACUAACACUAUGUUUGUGUGCUUUGCAGCAAAGCUGUUUAACGCUCUAUAGCUGUGUACCACAUGCAGAGGAGCACUUUUUUAUUUUAUGGUAAUAAA